UAAAAACCUUCCAGAAAAGGUCUUGCGGUUCCCGAAUCGGAGGGGCGAAUGAAACCCUAACCCCCUUGCGUUCUUGUUCGCCAUGGGGUGGGAGAUGGAGGAGGAGAUCGAGGCGGUGAUGGAGAGGAUCUGGGACCUCCACGACAAGAUCAGCGACGCCAUCCACGCCCUCUCCCGCGCCCACUUCCUCCGCUCCAUCAAGUCCCUGGCAAAGUCCGACGCCCGCGCCGUGGAGACGGCGGCGGGGCCCUGCUGCGGUGACGGGAAGGGAGGGUUCGUGUUCACCAAAUAUUUUCUGGCGGCUGCGGAGGACGGCGCCGCGAUGGCGGCGGAGGCGAGGAGUCUCGACGCCAUCAGAGCCGCCCUCGAGAACCUCGAGGAUCAUUUCGAGUUCUUCCAUACUGUGCAAUUACAGCAGCGAGCAGAACGAGAUGCUGCUGUUGCCCAAUUAGAGCAAAGUCGCAUUGUUCUUGCCAUGAGAUUGGCAAAUCAUCAAGGAAAAAAGUACAAAGUCAUAGAAGAGGCCUUGGUUUUUGUCGGCGAUGUGCAUGAUAAGGGCUGUUUUAUAACACCAGAGGCCCUCUAUGACAUGCCAAGGAGUCAAUCUGGUGAUAAUUUGGAAGAUUACGAGGAGAGAAGGUCUAGCAUUUUCCUGCAAAUGGUAGUAUCAAGUUUGUCUUUAGCUAAAAGGACAUUCAGAUUGGAGAAUAUCAGUGGUGUUUUUAGCCAUGCUGCUAUUUUUGCUGCGAGUAUGCUUGCUUUUCUGCAGCUUCAUCAAAUUUCCUCUAAGAGCUGCAGUCCACAGAUGCCGGACCAACUAUCUUGCAAGAGAAGUGAGCGGAAUACUUGGGUUUUAGAUAAUUCUUCUCAAAAUGGUGAGAUAAAGCAUCUUGAUGUUUUGUCAGCUCGGGGUUAGGUUGAAGAACGUAAUCAGUCCAUGUGUUUUGAGGUUGUCAAAAUCUUGUCCUAGAAACUUUUAGCAGUCAUUUCUGUUGUUGUUGCAUGUAAGUUGACGUCAUUAUUUCCCAGCUAUGUGUUUUCUUGUUCUUUGAUUGCCUGAUAUCAACCUUACUUGCACUACCUUAUCUUUGGUUGGAUAUUGUAAUCAAACUAUAGAUAAUUCUCUUGCCUGACUGUAGCCUGAUUUGACGUUUAAUUUGCUAGUACUGUUGAAUAAAUUAUUUUGGUUGG